UGUUAAUUUCUUAAAGGUUAUUUUCAACAUCUAAAGUUCUAUUCAGCUCUAUUGUUCUAUUGCCGGAAGACUUCAAAUAUGGCUUCCUCAGGGAAGAAAGGCAAGAAAACAAAAGGCAAAACUCUUGCCUUAAAUGAUUUUCUUCAAGAAACUACCGGUUCUACCCCUUCAUUACCCCUUCGAAAAACCAACCUCAAUUGGGCAGAUGAUGUUGAAGAGCCUUUGGAAUAUGAAACUCGCCCUAAAAUCAAUGUGGUGCUCCCUACAGCGCCAAAGGCGUCACGAGGUGUCGAUGAAUAUAAUGAGCGGAUACCAAAGGAACCUCCUUUUAUAGCAUAUUUAACAAAUUUGCCUUAUGAUGUUGAUGAAGAAGAAAUUGAGAGUUUAUUUAGUCAUUUAAAGAUAGCAAAUACAAGGUUUCCUAAAGAAGAUCGUGCAAGCGAUUUGCCAAGAUUAAAAGGUUAUGGUUACAUUGAAUUCGAAGACAGGGACAGUCUAACUUCUGCACUUUCAAUGCCGGAUUGUAUGUUAAAAAACAGACGGAUAAGAAUUGAAGUGGCAACAAGUUUAGACAAUGACAAGCAAAGGCGCGGUCGAAAUGACAUGAAUCGUGACAGAAUUGAAAGGGGUGACACAGGGGGCGACUGGCGAUCGGGCCCUCGAGGGUCAGACUUUUCAGAUUUUAGCAGGGAUCGCGAGGGAGGUUUUAACAGAGACAGAGAUGGGGGCGGAGGCUUUAACAGAGACAGAGAAGGCGGCGCCGGUUUUAACAGAGAUAGAGAAGGUGGCGGAGGUUUUAGCAGAGACAGGGAUAGAGAUGGAGGAUUUAAUCGAGAAAGAGAGGGUGGCUCUUGGCGUGAAAGUUCAGACAGACCGUCGAAUAGAGGCUUUAACAGGGAAGGAUUUGGAGAUCGGGGCCGUUUUGGGGGCGACCGUGACGGAGGCGAAAGGAGAGGAGGUUUCAGUCAAAGACGGGGAGACAAAGACGACAGAGACGGUUUAUCACGAAAUAAAGACGAAGAGAAAGCUGAACCAAGGAUUAGGCCUAAAUUAAUGCUGGCACCUAGAACGAAGCCGAUCGCUCCAUCCGAUACAGAAGACAUACAACAAAAACAGCAACAAACUCAGAAUAUCGAUAGCGGUGCACCACCGCCUGCACAGACUGCUGCAUCUAUUUUUGGGGCCGCACGACCGGUUGAUACGGCAGCAAGGGAACGCGAAAUCGAGAGCAAACUGGCAAAGGAACAUGAAGAUGCUCCACGAGAAUCAAGUCGUGAAAGAAGUCGAGAUGAUGCUCCCCCAACAGCAACAGUAACAGCUAGAAGAGAAUGGUCAACAGGUGCUGCAGUACGAAGAGGAUCCCCUAGAAGAGGAUCAACAGAACGCCGAAGAUAUUCUCCUCGAAACUAUUCUCCCCGUAGAAGAACGUCACCUCGCAGAUAUGGCUCACCCGCACGAUAUCGCAGAGGAUCACCGAAAAGACGAUCCCCAGGUGGCUAUUAUUCUCCGAGGAGAGGCUCCCCAUCUUCCAGACGAUAUUCCCCUGUCACACGUAGAUCUCCAGGUCGAUAUUCCCCAAAGAGACGAGACUCUCCCGGACGUUAUUCUCCACGUAGAAGGGACUCUCCGGGACGUUAUUCUCCAAGAAGGAGAGACUCCCCAGGACGUUAUUCUCCACGUAGAAGAGACUCCCCAGGACGUUAUUCUCCCCGAAGAAGGGAUUCUCCUGGGCGAAAUUCCCCUAAGAGAAAAACAUCGCCUGGAGCGCGUUAUUCACCUAGAAGAAGAGACUCACCAUCACCAACCAACAGAGGCAAUAAUGUGCCAGAACAACGAACACCACAAAGGGACGUUUCUCCCGAACGCUAUUCUCCUGACAGGAGAUCACUAUCGUCCUCCCCCUCGAGAGUUCGUCCAACUAGAUCAGAAGAUGAGGACAAUAAUAAUAGGAAUCGAGCAAGAAGAAGAAGCAGAGACGGAUCGUCGUCUUCAAUUGCUUUAUCUCCAGAAGAUCGAAGACAGUUUUCAUCGCGUGGUAAUGUGGAUGCUUCAUCUUUGAAUGAAAAAAAUGGUAGUACCGCCGGUUACGGUAAAAGGGAGACUGAAGGUGGUCGUCGAAGGAAAAAUUCGCCAAAGGAAAGAUCCCAGCAGGCGUCAGACAAACGUAAAGGAAUCAAAAAGUCACCAGAUAGAUCCAAAAAGAUAGAUAAAAGCUCAAAUGAUACUAAAAAGCAUGAUGAUAAGAAAAAUGCAACCAAGGACAAAAUUAGGAAAGAAAAACGAGAACCUCACGAAAUGCCCAAGUUAAAAGAACCGGAGCCCCCGAAUUUCGCUGUUUCGAACAAAUACGCUUUUUUAGCAGAAUGUGCGGACGACGUUGACGUAUCCGAUUAAAGAAAUAAAUAAUUAAUAA